CAAUCCAGCUCAAAAGUGUCUAUGUUGUGGGAGGUCCCUGAGGCCGCUGAGGUCGUUCGUGUCUGUUGAACGGCUGUGGGAGUCUUGCUGCCUUGGGUAGGGGGUUAAAAUCGUUCUUGAGAGGAACGUCUCUGUGCGAAGAGAUAAUGAGUUUAGCUCUGAGAAGUGAGCUUGUAGUGGACAAAACAAAGAGGAAAAAAAGAAGAGAACUGUCUGAGGAACAGAAACAAGAAAUUAAAGAUGCUUUUGAACUAUUUGAUACAGACAAAGAUGAAGCAAUAGAUUAUCAUGAAUUAAAGGUGGCAAUGAGAGCCUUGGGGUUUGAUGUAAAAAAAGCUGAUGUACUGAAGAUUCUUAAAGAUUAUGACAGAGAAGCCACAGGGAAAAUCACCUUUGAAGAUUUUAAUGAAGUUGUGACAGACUGGAUAUUGGAAAGAGAUCCCCAUGAAGAAAUACUCAAGGCAUUUAAACUAUUUGAUGAUGAUGAUUCAGGUAAAAUAAGCUUGAGGAAUUUGCGACGUGUUGCUAGAGAAUUGGGUGAAAACAUGAGUGAUGAAGAACUUCGAGCUAUGAUAGAAGAAUUUGACAAAGAUGGUGAUGGAGAAAUAAACCAAGAGGAGUUCAUUGCUAUUAUGACUGGUGACAUUUAAAGAAUUACAAGGAUAAACACUAAGAAUGUUGCAGUUACCAUCUUAUAUUCUAUUUUUGUGCCUGGAGCCAUGUGAAAAAAACCAACUUAGUUCUUUUAUCCUAAAGGACCAAAAAUAAGCAUCUUAUAUAUCUGUAUUUUACUACUGUUAAGUUUCUUUGUAUGAACUGUGUUGUUAGUACUCAGAUAGUUUAGCUUUGUAUUUAUAAUAGAGCUUUUAUAUAAAGUUUUAAAAAUUGAAUAUGUGAUAUGUGUUCUUUGAAGGUUUUUUAAUUUAACAUUUAUAGUCACUUUUUAGUGCACACAUUUUCCAGACUUUCGUUAAUAAAAUAUUUAUUUUAUUAGAAUUUUAAA